AUGGAUUCCGACGCCGGAUCAAACUCCAGCCGCUCCUCCUCCCCGGAGCUGGUCGAAGGGGGCAUAUUUUCCACCCGCAUGUUCCAGGCCUUCUACCAGGAGGGGGGCACUUGCGGGCCCGUUCGGCCCGGGCUGGAGAACGCGGGCAGGAGCAAAGCCAAAGGCAGCAAGGAGCCCGGAAAAGAAGUGGUACAGGACCUGCGGCUGAAGGUGAACAGUCGCGAGAGGAAGAGGAUGCACGACCUGAACCAGGCCAUGGACGGGCUCAGGGAGGUCAUGCCCUACGCCAACGGCCCGUCCGUCCGGAAGCUGUCCAAGAUCUCCACCCUGCUGCUGGCCCGCAACUACAUCCUGAUGCUCUCCAGUUCCCUGGACGAGAUGAAGAAGCUGGUGGGUGAUGUGUACGGGGGCAGCCACCAGGCGCACAUGGCCCGCUGUGCCCCUGCCCCACCCCAGGUUCCCCUGUACCCGCUGGGUCACUCCCUGCCCUCCCUCAUGGGCACAGCCACCACACCCCCUAGCCAUGUGCCUCCCUCUGCCGCCUACCUGGGCUUUCACACCACGCACGAGAGCCCCCUGAAGGACACACCUCACCUCCACGGCUCCUUCCGGCACUUUCCAGGCAUGGCCUGUCCUUGCUCGCUCUGCCAGCCUCUCUCCUCCUCCUUGCCCAGGAUGCCCACCCUGUCCUUGGGUAAGUGACCAGUGGAGUCCCAGGACUGAACUCUGCCAUGCAGGCCAUAAAAGGACACACAUUGCAUUCCUUGAAGAAUUGUGAGGAGGGAAUAUACUGCAAUUUGUAAAUUGUA